AUAGUUUUCUGAUACAUACAUAAGAAAAUCGAUCGAACAGGAAGACAAAUUUAAUUCGUUUGUGAAAAAAAAUCCGCACGCGUUCACGGCCAAAACGUGUAAGCGAAGAUUACAGGAAGGACGUAUUACAGGAAGAGACAAAGGACAGAAUUAAAGAAGUCUCAAUAUGCGCGUUUUGCUAAACGAGUGAGAUGUAUGAUCCUCGUUAACAAAGUGUAGCAAAUGGAAGAUGUUAAAGUGAAAGAUGAACCGAUGGAUGCAUUAAACAUAGACAGUCAGGUUAUGGUAAAGGUUUUCUAUGAAACAGCAGCACCAUACAAUACAAUGCUUCUGCGAGGACUCUAACUUAAAACCUUACUUUAAGGACGAAAACAUUGUAAGCGUUGUACUUAAAGAGGAACCUGGUGAUAGAUUCGAUCCCGACUACAUGGAGGACAUCUGCUCCGGUACAUUCGAGAAGGUAUUUUUACCUAUCGAACAGAACGAAGUUGACUUUUCUAAUGAAAUGGUAAAAUUGGAAUUGGAUGGUGAGUCUAGCAGUCAUCCAAAUUGGACAGCUCAAAUCGCUAAUGCCAAUCUCUGUGACAAAGAAGACGGGGCUAUACAAAGAUGUCUGGCAAAUGCAAAUUUCACGCAGCCACAAGACACGGACAAACAUCCUGGGUUUUGUACGAACGGACAGCAACCUAAGUUCUAUAAAAUUCAAUGUUCUAUUUGCAAGAAGUGGUUCUUGAACAACGAUUCGAUGGUUACACAUUUAAGAAUGCACUGCAGCGGCAGCCAGUGCGAGGUUUGCCAGCAGAAUUUCCAAGAUAGUUCGAGUUUGCAUGCCCAUAUGUUGACCCAUGUUGGAAUGAACCCGUUAGAGUGCAAUGUUUGUCAGAAACGAUUCGCUUACAAAUGGUGUUUGCGUAGUCACAUGCAGAUGCAUGUGCUGGAGAAACCAUACGACGCCGAGGCGUUGCAGGAGGCGUACAUGAAGCGACCGGAUCCUGAGAACGACCAGUCGAUCAACGCGGAGGAUAGAAUAUUUGAAUGUGACGUGUGUCACGCAAUUUUUAAGGAAAAGCUCGGUUUGAACCGGCACGUGCUCACGCACGCCGAAGAAAGGCUGUACAAAUGCGACAUAUGCUUUGUGACCUUCCGCGAAAAGGCGAAAUUGCACACGCAUAUGACGUUACACGGGGGAAGUAAACAGUUUAAAUGCACCAUGUGCCACAGAUCGUUUACGCAGAAAACGGCGCUGAACAAUCACAUGCUGGCGCACAGCGGUGAGAAACCCCAUGCGUGCAAUAUUUGCGAAAAAACGUACAAACGUAAGUCGGAAUUGAUACGACAUACGAUGGUGCACACCGGCGAGAGACCGUACGAAUGUAAGGAAUGCCUAAUGACUUUUCGGGAGAAGGCGAAACUGAACUCCCACAUGCUCGUGCACACCGGUGAAAAACCGCACGAAUGUCAUAUUUGUCAUAAGGCCUGCGCACGAAAAUCGGAUCUCAACAGCCACAUGUUGCUGCACACCGGUGGUCAGUACGACUGCAAAGUAUGCGACAAAAUAUUCACUCGUAGGUCGGAUCUGAACCGACAUACUUUGAUACACACCGGCGAGAAACCGUUCGCCUGCGAGCUCUGCGAGAUGGCUUUUAGAGAGAAGACUAGACUGAAUUCUCACAUGCUAAUACACACCGGUGACAAGAGGCACGCGUGCCACAUUUGUCAGAAAACGUUCAAGGAGAAAUCCUCGUUGCGGAAACACAUGCUAAGCCACACCGGCGAUAGACCGUACGAAUGUUACGUGUGUCAUAAGGCGUUCACCCAAAAGACAACGUUGAACAGCCACAUAUUAGUCCACGCAGGUGAAAGACCGUACGAAUGUAGCGCAUGCCAGAAAAUCUUUAAGGACAAAGCAGCGUUGAAAAAGCAUUUAUCAGUGCACGUUAAUGAGAAAACACACGAGUGUCUAAUCUGUUUAAAAAAGUUUGCCCACAAAGCUGCAUUAAAUAGUCAUUUAUCGACAAAUCAUACGUCCUAAUUAGAGAGAUCUAGUCCAAUUUAUUUGUGCUUUUAGUUUAUUUUUAUUAAACACCUGUGUACGUCUAUAGUUGCAUAACGAUGAUUAUGUGUACGUAUAUCAACAGUUUUGUACGUAUAUCACUCGAUCCGACAAGUCGCAUACUUUCCUGUAUAUCAUUAAGUACAAUAAAUUAAUUUUUAAUUAA